AUGGGAAGGGCGGUGAACAACUUGGACUGGGUGGUCAAAUGGGACGACGUUAUUGAAAAUCAGAGGACCAGUCUUGUUUCUAGUAUCAAUACCGAGAUUGAAUUAGACCUGCCGGUUCUCAAUAUCGUCACCUGGAAACAUUGUAGGUGUUACGUAAAGAAAUUCGACAUCCCAUCUCUGGAUUCUGGUAAGAUAAGCCUCAGAAAGGAAAUGAUGUAUUUGAAACUAAAACACAAUAACAUUAUUGGCUUCAUUGGAGCCUGUUUGGACCAUCCUAAUGUCAGCUUACUUUCUGAGCUAUGUUCAAAGGGAAGUUUACAAGACAUCAUUUUAGAUGAUUCUGUGCACCUGGACUGGGACUUCCGAUUCUCCUUAAUGAAGGAUAUUUGUCGGGGGAUGGAUUUCCUCCACAACUCCCCCACUGAGUCUCAUGGACGUCUCAAAUCCAGUAGCUGUCUCGUCGAUAACCGCAAUAUGUCGGGCAAAUACCAAGGCUGCCAAGCACUGAUCAAGAAAGUACAACCACUGGCAAACUACACGCAUUGCGGUGCACACAUCACGCACCUCAUCUGUGCGAAGGCCAUCGAGAGUGCACCGUUCCUUCGCGAUGCUCUUAACGUGGUGCAGGAACUGGGCGGCUUCUACAACUCAUCAGGCAAAUUAAAAAAUGUGUACCUCGAUCUGCAAGUUAUGGAUGAUAGCCCUUCCCCUUCACGCCUGAAGCCGCUUUGUCCAACACGCUGGCUGUCACGUGAGUUUGCCGUUAGAGCCGUCCUUAGCAACUACGCACACGUGCUGGAGGCACUGAAUGAGGCAUCAUCUACAUUUGGCAGCAGCACAGCAGCGAGGGCUAACGGCAUUCACAGCCUCCUGUCUACCGCGAAAUGUGUACUUGGUCUGGUUGCAUCUCUCCCAGUGAUCGAAUGCUUCGAAAAAUUCAACACAGUGCUACAAGGGGCAGAGACAACUGUUGAUGGGAUGCUAGCUGCUGCAUCUGUUGUUAGCAAGAACCUUCUGUUAUAUCGGCGAGACAUAAACAUGGAGUUCCACGCGAUUUUUGAGACGGCAACUGACAAAAUUCGAGAACUGAACAUUGAGCCAAUCUCCUUGCCGCGCACUCGGAAAAUUCCACGACGAUACAAUGACGGCGAAAAAUCCCACACGCACACCAACUCAGAGGAGUUCUUCCAUGUGCAGUAUGUGGCGGCAGUUGACAGUGCUGUUGCUAACAUUGAUGCCUUCUUCACCUCUACGGACUUGACCUCAUACAAGCAGUUGUCCGACAUGCUCACCACCGGUGUCGUAGACGAAGACGUCGUUUCUCGCUACCCCGAACUGUCUGAAUCACUGCAGCAGGAGCUGACAUUCUUCUGCCGACAGUACGAGCACUCCAGCGUGGACAAUGUGCGCAUCACAUUUCGCAGUGUGGUACCAGAAGUUAGAAAGUUGUUUCCGCAAGUGUCAACCAUACUACGUCUCCUUCUGGUAUCGCCUGCAAGUUCGUGCUCUGCCGAGCGUUCAUUCAGCGCACUGAACAGGGUGACCCAGCAGCGUCUCAACCACGUGAUGAAGAAUAACUUCCGGUUUACGAAGCAGACGACCCCAAAAAAAUGGGAGGACCCCCAACCUCUAUACAGUUACUAUGCUGACUGCUGUGCCAGUCUCCAACUGAAGAAGUAUAUCUUGGAUUCUAAGCUGUUGAUAAAUGCAUGGGAUGAAAAUCCUUGGGAACGUCCUACUUUCAAGAGUUUGUUGAGCGAUCUUGAUCGUAUCUACCCCAUAGAGGGAGAGCUCAUUGAUAACCUUCUAAAUAUGCUUGAGAAGUAUGCCAGUAAUCUGGAGAAUAUCGUUGCCAAGAGGAUGAAGGAUCUCAUAGCCGAGAAACAAAUAUGGGAGGGGCGUAUUAGUCAGAUGUUGCCCAAGAAAGUUGCAGAAGAUCUCAAAUAUGGUCGCCAAGUUGAUCCAGAGAGUUUUGAUUGUGUCACAAUCUACUUCAGCCACAUUGUGGGGUUUUCGGAUAUUGUAAAUGAAAGCACCCCUCUUGAAGUAGUGGAACUUCUCAAUGAUUUGUAUACUACAUUUGAUGAAAUUCUCGACCCUUACGAUGUGUACAAAGUUGAAACAAUUGGUGAUACAUGUAAGUUUUCUAAUUGUUUAACUUCAGGACCUGUUGUGGCUGGUGUGAUUGGACUGAAGAUGCCCAGGUAUUGUCUGUUUGGAGACACUGUCAACACAGCCUCCCGUAUGGAAAGUAGUGCAUUUGCUCUCAAAAUUCAUAUGAGUAAAAGUUCGACAACACUUUUGAGAGAUCUUGGUGGCUACGAAGUCGAAUGUCGUGGGGAGAUCAAUGUUAAGGGCAAAGGGAAAAUGAUAACCUACUGGCUUAUUGGUAAAGACACGUUCACAAAGCCAUUGCCAGAUCAAAGCUUAGCGAUAUCACUUUCACAGCAUGAGUUUAAAUAAAACUCAAAACAACAGAUUUACAGAUCAGAUCAGAGGGCAGUUUGACCUCUUAAUUGACUUGACAGAAUGUUACAAUUUAUGCUGCAAUCACUAUAAUAUGUAGUGGCCAGCUAUCAUAAUUAGAUAAAUAUAUUUUCAGUCACUGACCAAAAAUAUAGCCUAUUGGGAUGGAACUAUUUUCAUCCUAGUUACGAUCAGCAAAAGAAACAAAUAAUGCAGUCUGUGAUGUUGAAAUACCCUUAAAAAUAAACUAAAGACGACUCUAUAACUGUUACUUCUAGCUCUAGCUUAGCGUUUAAAAACUAGGGUAUGUCCCUUUAAAAUAUUAUCAUAUUGAUACCAUAUAAAUUCACAUGCUAAGUGGAGCUAAACAUUACUCUCAUUCUCGAACCAGUCUCCGUGAAGUGAUGUGGAUCGAAAGUGAUAGCAAGGUCUGGGUAAAGUGAUCUUGAGUCGAACAUGAUUGUACAUGUACAUUAAAACUGUAUUUCUUGAUUUUUACCGGCACUGAAGAAUGAAUAAAUUAUAAAGAUUA